AACUGACGUAGCGUCGUUUACCGAGUGCCGCAAGAAAAUCCAUUUCGAAAAACUACUGACGUGUGCAUUGUAAUGAAAAAGUUUUUAAUUUGUAACGCCGCAUAAAUAUAACAAUCUUUUUUGGCUCUUUAAAAGCAGAAAUAAGAAAGUGAACAGCAAACAUAAACGACAAUGAAAAUACCAGAAAACAGCCGAUUUCUUGUGUACUCUUUGAGCAUUUUCUUUUGCUACUUCUUGUUUGGGAUUGUGCAGGAAAAAAUUACAAGGGGACGAUAUGGUGAUGAACCCAAUGAAGACGGCAAAGUGGGCGAACGUUUUACUUAUGUGCUCGCUUUAGUAUGGGUGCAGUGUUUUUGUAAUUUCGUAUUUGCUAAAGGUAUGCUGUGGGCUAAAAAGGCAAAAAAGGAGGACCAAACACAUACGGGCUAUUAUGCCGUCUGCGCGCUCACCUACUUAUUGGCUAUGAUAGCUUCCAAUAUGGCAUUGCGUUGGGUGCCAUACCCUACACAGGUGGUUGGUAAAUCAGCUAAACCAAUUCCAGUCAUGAUAUUAGGCGUACUUAUCGGCCGAAAGUCAUAUACUUGGGUACGUUAUGCUUGUGUUACAACAAUAGUUAUCGGUGUGGUGUUAUUCAUGUAUAAAGAAAGUCAAAUUGCUCAUUUACCGAAAGAAACUACUGGCUUGGGAGAACUACUGCUUUUCCUGAGUUUAGCAAUGGAUGGUUUGACUGGUGCAGUGCAGGAAAGAAUGCGUGCUUCUAGCGCACCAACAGGACAACAAAUGAUGUUGGCUAUGAACCUUUGGAGUACUAUUAUUCUCAGCUUUGCUACAGUGCUAUCAGGUGAAGCAAAAGAAUUUUUACACUUUGCUACACGUCAUCCUGAGUUGUGGGGCCAUCUAGCUAUGCUUGCAUUGUGCGGUGCUUUGGGUCAACUAUUUAUUUUCUUGAUGGUAGCUAAAUUUGGACCGCUUGCAUGCUCUGUUGUGACGACAACACGUAAAUUCUUUACCGUACUAUGUUCGGUGGUGCUCUUCGGUAAUGUGUUAAUACCAAGGCAAUGGUUUGGUGCAAUAUUAGUAUUCGCCGCACUAUUUUUUGAUAUGUUCUACGGAAAGGGAAAUGACAAGAAGGCUGCAGCAGCAAAAAAAUCUGAAGGUGAUCUUGCCGAAGACAAGAAAAAACUGUUAUCAUAGAAUUUAGAGGAAAUAGUAUAAGCAUAAACAUUUUGUAUCUUUUGUUUUAAUAAAAACAAAUCAUUUGUUUAAUAUACAUUUGUAUAUAUCAAGGAUA